GCCAAUGCCAAAUGCCAAUAAACGAAGAGGAGGAUUGCUAAGUACGCGUUCGAUAAAUAAGGCACUCCCUUUUCCUGAUUUACUAGUGUCGUGUGUUUUUUUAAGCGAGUUUAGUUAAUGGGUUUAAAUAUGAGGCUGUAAAAAGUUCAAUAUCAUGUUUCCCUUGUGAGAUUUGCAGUCUAAACCGUGUCCAAACAGAAUGUCUACUAUGUCAAGAUCCCUGAACAUCGGCCAGCAAAAGCUGGCUGAAAAACUCAUUAUCCUAAAUGAUCGUGGUAUUGGAAUGCUAACAAGAAUUUAUAAUAUUAAAAAAGCAUGUGGAGAUGCUAAAUCAAAACCAGCUUUUCUUUCUGAUAAGACAUUAGAGUCUUCCAUUAAACACAUUGUAAGAAGAUUCCCCAAUAUUGAUGUGAAGGGAUUACAAGCUAUAUCCAACAUAAGGAAUGAAAUUAUUAAAUCUCUUUCAUUGUAUUACUACACAUUUGUUGAUUUACUAGAUUUUAAAGACAAUGUGUGUGAGCUUUUAAAUAUAAUGGAUGCUUGCCAAGUUACAUUAGAUCUGACUCUAAACUUUGAAUUAACAAAGAACUAUCUAGACCUGGUAACAACUUACAUUUCAUUGAUGGUUUUACUGUCAAGAGUUGAAGAUCGGAAAGCAGUUUUGGGCCUUUUCAAUGCUGCUCAUGAAAUGGUUCAUAACCAAAUUGAUCAAAGCUUUCCACGUCUUGGCCAAUUAAUUGUGGACUAUGAUGCACCUUUGAAAAAACUUUCAGAGGAAUUUAUGCCACAUCAAAAAGUAUUGUUGAAUGCUUUGAAUUCUCUAUGGCAUGUGUAUCCAGCUAGAAAUUUAACAGCGGAACAUUGGCGAUCUGAGCAAAAAUUAAGCCUUGUAAGCAAUCCAACUUUACUUCUGAAGCCAUCUGAAACAAACACAAUGUCAUGUGAAUAUCUUUCGUUAGAAUCUUUGGAGAGAUGGGUCAUAUUUGGCUUUGCAAUCUGUCAUCAUAUGCUACAACAGGAGCAUGCUAACAAAAUGUGGGUGAGUGCUUUAGAAUCUGGUUGGGUUUUGGCACUCUUUAGAGAUGAGGUAAUUUAUAUCCAUUCAUACAUUCAGAACUUUUUUGACGGCAUAAAGGGAUAUGGUAAGAGAAUUUCAGAGGUAAAAGAUUGCUAUCACCAUGCUGUACAAAGGGCAGGUUAUAAACACAGAGAGAGGCGAAAGUUUUUGAGAACUGCACUGAAAGAGUUAGGUCUUAUCUUGACUGACCAACCUGGCCUUCUAGGCCCUAAAGCUUUGCUUAUUUUCAUUGGCCUCUGCUAUGCAAGAGAUGAAGUAUUUUGGCUAUUGCGCCACAAUGAUAAUCCUCCCCAAAAAGUCAAAGGCAAAGCUACGGAAGAUUUGGUGGACCGUCAGCUUCCAGAGCUCCUCUUCCACAUGGAGGAGCUAAGAGCACUGGUACGCAAGUACAGUCAGGUCAUGCAAAGGUAUUAUGUACAGUAUCUGUCAGGUUUUGAUGCUGUGGCUCUCAAUCUAAUGAUGCAAAAUUUGCAAGUCUGUCCAGAAGAUGAGAGUGUUAUUCUUUCUUCUCUCUGCAACACUGCAGCAUCUUUGAGUGUAAAGCAAGUUGAAGACAAUGAGCUCUUUGAUUUCCGUGCAUUCCGUCUUGACUGGUUUAGAUUACAAGCAUACACUUCAGUUGCUAAAACUCCGCUUAAUCUUGUGGACCAAAGAGAAUUAGCACAAUUUAUUGACAAAAUGGUUUUUCAUACAAAGAUGGUCGACAAUUUAGACGAGAUUAUGGUUGAGACUUCAGAUUUGUCUCUGUUUUGUUUUUAUAGUAAGAUAUUUGAAAGUCAAUUUCAUAUGUGUUUAGAGUUUCCAGCUCAAAAUCGAUACAUAAUUGCUUUCCCACUGAUUUGCAGUCACUUUCAAAACUGCACUCAUGAAUUAUGCCCCGAAGAAAGGCAUCACAUCAGAGAACGAAGUCUUUCUGUUGUCAACAUUUUCUUAGAUGAAAUGGCAAAAGAAGCCAAGAACAUAAUAACAACAAUCUGUGAUGAACAAUGCACAAUGAGUGAUAAGUUGCUUCCAAAACAUUGCGCACAAACUAUUGCCCAGUUGGCAAAUAGGAAGAAAAAGGAUAAGAACAAAAAGAAUCCAAUUGAAAUAGUGAAACCGGGUGCAGAAAGUUACAGGAAGACUAGAGAAGAAUUGACUACAAUGGAUAAAUUGCACAUGGCUUUGACUGAGCUUUGCUUUGCCAUUAAUUAUUGUUCAAAAGUAAAUGUUUGGGAGUACACAUUUGCACCUCGAGAAUAUUUACAUCAACAUUUGGAGACCAGAUUCUCCAAAGCUUUAGUAGGAAUGGUAAUGUUCAAUCAAGAUACAAGUGAAAUAGCCAAACCUUCAGAGUUGCUAGUGAGUGUAAGAGCAUACAUGAAUGUGCUACAAACUGUUGAAAAUUACGUACACAUUGAUAUCACAAGAGUUUUUAAUAAUUGUCUUUUACAACAAACUCAGAAUAUGGACAGCCAUGGAGAAAAAACUAUAGCAUCAUUGUACACUCAGUGGUACUCUGAAAUUUUACUAAGAAGAGUGAGCGCUGGAAGUAUUUGCUUUUCAAUGAAUCAGAAAGCAUUUGUCAGCCUUUCAGCUGAAGGUGCCAUACCUUUCAAUGCUGAAGAAUAUUCCGAUAUUAAUGAGCUAAGAUCUUUAGCUGAGCUUAUUGGGCCUUAUGGCAUGAAGUUGUUGAGUGAAACACUGAUGUGGCACAUUGCAAGUCAAGUUCAAGAGUUAAAGAAAUUGGUUGUACAAAACAAAGAAGUUCUCCAAAUGCUUAGAACAAACUUUGAUAAACCCGAAAUAAUGAGGGAACAAUUUAAGAGGCUGCAACAUGUGGACAAUGUGUUACAAAGGAUGACGAUAAUUGGUGUUAUUCUGAGCUUCCGUCAAAUUGCUCAAGAGUCAUUACUCGAUGUACUGGAGCGGCGAAUACCGUUCUUAAUUAGCUCGAUUAAAGAUUUCCAGCAGCAACUGCCGAGCGGUGACCCAAGAGUUAUAUCAGAGAUGUGUUCUGCGGCGGGCCUGCCUUGUAAGGUGGACCCUACUCUAGCUUCGGCAUUGAGGCAGCACAAAGCCGAACUAGAGGAUGAGGAGCAUUUGGUAGUUUGUUUGUUGAUGGUGUUUGUUGCGGUCUCUCUUCCGAGACUAGCUCGCAGCGAAGGCUCCUUUUACCGACCUUCAUUGGAAGGGCACGCAAACAAUAUUCAUUGUAUGGCACCGGCUAUUAACCACAUUUUCGGCGCGCUUUUCACAAUUUGCGGACAAGGCGACAUAGAAGAUAGAAUGAAGGAAUUCUUAGCUCUCGCGUCCUCGUCUUUACUUCGCCUCGGACAGGAGACCGAAAAGGAAGCAAUAAGAAACCGGGAGUCGGUCUAUUUAUUGUUAGACCUAAUUGUUCAAGAAUCGCCAUUCCUCACAAUGGAUUUACUCGAAUCCUGUUUCCCGUAUGUGUUAAUACGUAAUGCUUAUCAUGAAGUUUAUAAGCAAGAACAAAUGUUAUUGCAUUCGUAAUUUUAAUGUCGACUAAAGAAAGACAAUGUUUGAGGAGUUUAGAUAAAGUAUUAUGUAGGUAUUCACGAUAAUUUUCCAUUAUUAUUUCCAAUA